ACUGUGUGAGGUGAGCACAAGGCCUGUAGAGGGGCAUCAAAGCGCAAUGCUCUGUUGGGUACUGAAGCUUGCAGUCAAUGAUGUUGGGAUUUACUCUCUUGGGCCACUCUGGACCGGCUACGGCAAGCAUGAAACCGCCAUCACCCCCAAGCAUCACCACCUCCAGUAUCCGCAACUGUUUCUGUUCAUUUGCAUCCGACAGGCCAUCAAGUUGAACAGUGGAACGCAUAAGGGCCUUGCGUUCACAAUGGGUUUGCUUUCUGAAGGGUCGCCACUCUCUUGGGAAGAAACAAAGCGGCUCUGUGAACACGUCCGCCAUCAUGGGAUCCUCCAGUUCAUCAUCCAGUACCACAGCUCGAAAAACCGCAAGCACGACUGCCUGCGCUGGGGCGACGAGAUCGAGUACAUGCUGGUUCGGUUUGAUCACGAAAAUCGUCGAGCCCAGCUCUGCCUAAGGGCCGCUCAACUGCUCUCCACCCUCAACGAAAGAGACGGCCGUGACCGUUCCCUGUGUUCCUGGCAUCCAGAAUUCGCUGCCUACGCCAUUGAAGCCAUUCCGAAUGCUCCGUACGGGGACUUGGUGUCGCAUUAUAACGUUGUUGAGCACAACAUGCGGGAACGCAGAGCCGAGGUUCGCGCCCUGCUCGCGAAAGAUGAAGAGAUCAUGUGCAUAACAACGUUCCCAACCUUGGGCUGCCCACAAUUCACUUUUCCGGUGUACACACCGUCGCUGAAGGCUGCCCACAUGCCGUCCUUGUUCCUGCCCGAGGAAAUGGUGUUCCCGGCUCAUCCUCGCUUUAAGACCCUCGCUCGUAACAUCAGAGAACGACGUGGGAGACGUGUCGUCAUCAACGUCCCAAUUUACAAGGACGAAAAUACAAGGUGGCCUUUCACGGAAGACUGGAGAGCGCUCGGAGAUGACGGAGAAGCUGAGAGAUCUGCCCGACCAGGCCACGUCUACAUGGACGCGAUGGGCUUCGGAAUGGGAAAUUGUUGCCUGCAAGUCACCUUCCAGGCAUGCGACUUGAGUGAAGCCAAGGAUUUAUACGACCAACUGGCGAAUAUAUGUCCUCUUAUGCUGGCUUUGAGUGCAAGCAGUCCUGCUUUUAGAGGCUACCUUGUCGACACAGACUGCCGUUUUGACGUCAUAACUCAGUCCGUCGACGACAGAACGGAUGAGGAAAUGGGAUUAAAACCGUUGGGCCCCGACGCGCACCUUAUCAAACGACCUCGCUACGCGAGCGUCCCUUGGUACCUUUCCUCAAAGGGCCAGCACUUCAACGACGUCCCAAUGGCUUGCGACGCAAAAGUAUACCAGGCACUUCGUUCGGCAAACGUAGAGGAACCAUUGGCGAGACACCUGUCGCACGUCUUCAUCCGUGAUACUCUUUGCCUCUUUAGCGAGAAACUGAAGCAAGACGACAAUAUCGAUUUUGAUCACUUUGAGAACCUGCAGUCGACAAGCUGGCACUCCUUGCGAUUCAAACCCCCGCCACCUAAGAGCAGCAUCGGAUGGCGAGUCGAGUUCAGGCCUACAGAGCUGCAAAUGACAGAAUUCGAGAACGCAGCGUACGUCGUGUUCGUUGUGCUCCUUACCCGGGUAAUUCUCACCUUCGACCUUGACCUCAUCGUGCCCAUCUCGAAGGUGGACGAGAACAUGAAAAUCGCGCAGAAGCGGGACGCUGUCCUGACAGAGAAAUUCUGGUUCCGUAAGGACAUCCUCACCCACGGCUGCCCGUCCUCCGUGGGAGGAGUACCCGAUGAGAGCGCGCCGGAGAUCGCCCACAUGACAGUAUCGGAGAUCAUUAACGGGAAGGGAGUUGAUUUUCCGGGCCUCGUCCCUUUGAUCCGAACGUUUCUGACCGGUGUCGACCAGGUAGACGUGGAUACUUACUGCACGCUACAUCAAUACCUCACCCUCAUAGAGCAGCGCGCUUCUGGGCAGUACAUGACGGCGGCGCGAUGGAUGCGGCAUUUCAUCAUGACUCAUCCGGAGUAUAAGAAGGACUCCGUGGUCACGGACGGUAUUAACUAUGAUCUUGUCAUGCGCAUGCGCAAGCUGCAGUUUAACUUCUGGUCUUGUCCCGAGCUGAUCGGCACUCCUGCCUCGCGGACGAGCCAUGACGUGCCGGACAGCUGUAGUCCGUAUAAAACAUAGUGCACCAAAUAAUUUGACCGACGGAAUCCUUGUCUAGAAUAAAGAUUGCAAAUCAAACCGUAAGCAAUGAAUAUAUAAAAUCGAUAUCCAGGCUUG